AUGGUAGUGAAUAAUGAGGAGGUAAACAUAAUGAAUGAAAGUGAGUUGAAGAAAGUAUAUUGUGAGCAUUUUAUUGAUGAACUGAAUGAUGAAGAAUUAAUGUAUAAAAAGGCUGUCGAAGAUUUAUUUUGUAUUUAUAAGUCUUUUGGUUUUAUAUAUUCAAUAAUAAAAAAGGCAAAUUUAUUGUUAAAUAAGGAAAAUGUUGAUAUGUUUUUAAAAUCGUUAGUAAGUUUCAUUGAUGAACUUUUUCUUACUAAUCCAAAUUUAUUUGAACAAGACUUUACUAAUGUGAAAGCUAGUUAUGUAAGUAACAGCACGAGUAGUUUAGGUUCGAAAAAAAGAAGACUUGAUUUUGAUGAUGUGUAUGGAAUGAACAGCAGUGAUGGUAAUAACAGCGGUAAUGUGAAUAGCAAUGUAAAUAGCAUUGUGAAUGGCAGUGUGAACGGCAAUGUUGAUGGCAGCAGUUGCAAUGGUAACUCUUUUAUAAAUCUCGUAACCAAAGCGUACGUAGAAGAAUUACUUAAAGACAUAAACAACAUUGAUGAGAAUUUCAGUGAAACCAAUUCCGAGGAUUUUUUAUUUAUUGUUAAAAAUAUUUUAAAAAUGCGAAAUGUAAUUGAGACGGAACAAGUUAAAAGUCGUAUUGAAAAAAUAAAGAAUAUUUUAACCAUCGGAAAAAAUAUCUUUCAAAAAGAUGAAUUUUUAGAGGAUAUUACUGGGAAUACAAAUAAAAAGAGUGUACAUGAAUACAUUGAUGAAAUGAGCAAAAAAUUAAAGACAAUCGAACCUGAUAUUAUAGCUAUAGUAUAUAAGCAAAAUUUUUGGUAUAAAAAUAUUCUGAACAAGUCAGAAUAUGACAGCAUAAAUUCUAUACUAAAUUUAGAUUUAGAAGCAGAAAAUGAAAAAAUUGAACAGGUUUAUACAGAUGUUAUAUUAUUAUUAAGUGAAAAAAUGACACAAAAUAAAGAUUUCUUAAUAGCAAAGGAAAAGUUAGAAAGAUUAAAAUCUAGUUAUGAUGCAGAAGUUCAACGAAAGUUACAACAAGAAAUGGAGAUGACUAAAAAAUUAGAGGAUAAAAGAAAAGCAGUACAAUUUAUUCUAGAUAGAUAUAAUGAAUAUUCAUGGUUUGAUAAAAAUUCUCCUAAGAAACAUUCCUUUUAUAUCUUGGGUAUAAACCCUAGAGUUGUAACAGAAGAACAACUAAAAAGCUUUGGUAAACGAUUAAAACACAUACUACAUCCGGAUAAAGAACCUAACAAGGAAUGGAAAAAAAAAGCUGAAUCUGCUUUUAAGGAAGCAUCAUUAGCUAUCUUGGGUUGUCAACAAGAGUUCAAAACUAAGGUUCUCAGGAAUCUUGAACCAGGACCUGUUGCUCCAUAUUUGUCCUUAAUUAAAAUUGAUAUAUGUCAAGAAGAAACGGGAGAAAAGAUAAAUACCUCAAGCACGGAGCCGAGUGGCCAAAGCGGUCAAACUGAUAACACAUCUCAGAGUAACGGUUCACUCCCUCAAUACUACCCAACCCAAGCCUACUACCCCAAAUUUGACUUAAAAUGUGUGGAUCAGAAAAUAGGGACCAUCCUUAUUGACAUAAAAUGUCCUGUUCAACUAGGCUUAAUAAAAAAGGUUAUAUUAUAUGUGCAUAGACCUAUUUAUGGAAAUGAACCCAUGAAUUUAAUUCCUGAAGACUCUUUUUUAUCCUAUAAAAAAGAACAAAAUAUUAAUGUAAAAAAUUUAAAUCAAUCUAUAGAAGCCAGAGUCGAUUUUGUACAACCGUUAGAAAUUGCUUCUUCUACAAAAUAUUAUAUAGGAAUACAAUUAAUAGCAGAAAGGGGUAAUACUAUGAUUAAUUGGAAUUCUAUUAAUAUCACUUUACAUAAAUUUAGUAAUAAAAACAUUAUUAAAAAGUUGUUAUCAUCUUUUGUAAAUGCACCAUUUAUUAAUCAAGCUCAUUUAAAUUCUGCGCUGUCUAAUGAUAACAAAGAAGAGAUGACAAGAUUUUUAAAUGAGUGUAUUUCUUCAGCUAAAAUAUGGGCACAAACGGUAUAA